UACAGCUGAUCUUUUGUAAUUUCUGCCUAGCGAAUUGUAAAUCUAUUGUUGCGUUGGAGAGGAAUCGGGGGGUUGUAGGAGGUAGGAGGUGGCUCGUCUUCCUCGGUCGUUCCGUUCGAUCGGCCCGUGAGAAACCGGAAGUUCAACUUGUUGUUCAGAUACACUGUGGUUUGAUCCAGGUCGCUCGAUUAUCGGGUGAUGAAUUAACGUGAAGUGUUUCAUAGACACAGUGUCUCAUAACAAUAAAGCACCGACGAAUGUUUCGACUGCAUCAACACGUGUGCCAUUCAGCUACUAAAUAAUGCAGUCAUUCUUUGGAAUGUGAACAUACUCUUCUGAAGUGAUAUCUGCAGUCUGCACCCUGUUAAAGCUGCAUAUUUCACAAAUUACUUGGACAUGGAGAACUUGAGUGCACCUCACCCAUACCAGCACCUGGAGCGGGAGCUGGUUGUGGACGGUGCCACCUUCAGGUACUUCGACUUGGCUGGCCUCAAUGACCCACGAUGUGAGCGGCUGCCGUUCUCUGUGCGCGUGCUGCUGGAGGCGGCGGUGCGCUGCUGUGACGGCGUCCAGCUGCAGCGAGCCGAUGUGGAGGCACUGCUCGACUGGCGCCGGCUCACCGACGCCGGCCAGCCCGUCCACGUGCCCUUCAAACCGGGACGCGUCAUACUGCAGGACUUCACGGGCGUGCCGGCCGUGGUGGACCUGGCCGCCAUGCGGGAGGCGGUCCGCGACCUGGGUGGCGACCCGGCCCGGGUCGGACCCAUCUGCCCGGCAGACCUGGUCAUCGACCACUCGGUCCAGGUCGACUUCUCACGGGCCGUGGGUCAGCCGACCCCUGGCCGCGCCACCCCGGCCCCCUCCUCCGGCACCAGCGGCCGGCCCGUGCACGACAUCGAGGGUGGUGCCGGCUCGGGUCGGUCGGCGUUCGCGCGCCGCGCGCAGGCCCGUGUCAGGAAGCCGGUGCGCGCCUCCUCUGCCACUGCCUCCUCCCCGUCCGCCGGUGCGCCGGCCGCGCCUCCUCCUGAGGCCGCCCCGGCCGCGGCACCGGAGCCGGCAACGGCAGCAGACCCCGCGCCGGCGGAGCCCCGGCCGGGCGCCUACCGUCCGCCGCACCGCCGGCAGCCGCCCGCGGCCGGCGCCGAGCCGCCGCCUCCCUCACUGCGGCCACCGCCGUACCGGCCGCCCCAGAGGCGGGCGGCGGCGGCCACCGGCGGCGCGGGCGACAAGGAGAAGGAGUGCUCCAGCAGGAGGGACGGCCGGUGCGCCUGUAAAAAGGUGGACCAGCUGCAGCUGCCCGCCUGCGGCGUGCCGGCCGCGCCCAUCAAAGACGAGAUCUGCCCCUUCCACGAGGAGGAGUCGGCUUUCUCUGAGGCUUUAAGGAAGAACCAGGAGCUGGAAUUCGACCGCAAUAGUGAACGAUUCCAGUUCUUGAAGUGGGGCUCCCGGGCGUUCGCCAACAUGCGCGUGGUGCCUCCGGGCUCCGGUAUCGUGCACCAAGUGAACCUCGAGUACCUGGCGCGCGUCGUGUUCGACACGGACGGCCUGCUGCGGCCCGACUCUCUGGUCGGCACCGACAGCCACACGACCAUGAUCAACGGCCUGGGCGUGCUGGGCUGGGGCGUGGGCGGCCUGGAGGCCGAGGCUGCCCUGCUCGGCCAGCCAGUCACCCUGCGGCUGGCAGAGGUGGUCGGCUACAGGAUCACCGGCCAGGUCAACCCGCUGGCCACCGCCACAGACAUCGUGCUCACCAUCACCAAGCAUCUGCGCCAGGUGGGCGUGGCCGGCAAGUUUGUCGAGUUUUUCGGCCCCGGCGUGAGUCAGCUGUCGAUCGCCGACCGGGCCACCAUCUCGAACAUGUGUCCAGAGUACGGCGCGACCGUCGGCUUCUUCCCGGUGGACGAGCGCAGCCUCGACUACCUGGUGCAGACCGGUCGGGACGCGGGCCGCGUGGCGGUGAUGCGCGCCUACCUGUCGGCGGCCGGUCUGCUGCGCGACUACUCGGCUGCCGACCAGGACCCUGCGUUCUCGCAGGUGGUCGAGCUCGACCUGGCCACCGUGGUGCCGUCGGUCAGUGGGCCCAAGCGGCCGCACGACCGGGUGGCCGCCAGCCAGCUGAGGAACGACUUCAUCCGGUGUCUGUCGGCCGAGGUGGGCUACAAGGGUUUCGGCGUGCCCGCGGAGCGGCUGGAGGCGCGAUGCGACAUUCAGUUCGAGGGCGCCACCUACAGUCUGGGCCACGGUUCGGUGGUGAUCGCCGCCAUCACUUCCUGCACCAACACCAGCAAUCCGAGCGUCAUGUUGGGGGCAGGUAUCCUGGCCAAGAAGGCGGUGGAGCGCGGCCUCUCGGUGCCGCCCUGGAUCAAGACGUCGCUCUCGCCGGGCUCCGGCGUGGUCACCCACUACCUGCAGGACAGCGGCGUGCUGCCGUUCCUGCAGCGGCUCGGCUUUGGUAUCGUCGGCUACGGGUGUAUGACCUGUAUCGGCAACAGCGGGCCGCUGCCCCGACCCGUGGUGGACGCCAUUGAGCAGUGUAACCUGGUCUGCUGCGGCGUGCUCUCCGGUAACCGCAACUUCGAGGGCCGCGUCCACCCGCACGUGCGGGCCAACUACCUGGCCUCGCCGCCGCUGGUCAUCGCCUACGCGCUGGCCGGCCGCGUCGACAUCGACUUCGAGACGACGCCCAUCGGCACCUCCCCCGACGGAGAGCCGGUAUAUCUGCGCGACAUCUGGCCCACACGGGAGGAGAUCCAUCAGCUCGAGUCCAAGUCGGUCAUACCGGCCAUCUUCGCCGACGUCUACUCGAAAAUCACCAAAGGUAACGCCAGCUGGAACGCGCUGGAGGUGCCCGACUCGGCCACCUUCCAGUGGAGCGACCGGUCCACCUACAUCCAGAUGCCCACCUUCCUCCAGGGCAUGACGCGGGAUCCGCCGGCGGGGCGGGGCAUUGAGGCGGCGCGCGCUCUGCUGGUGCUCGGUGACGCCGUCACCACCGACCACAUUUCACCAGCGGGCAGCAUCGCACGCACCAGCCCGGCCGCCCGCUACCUCAUCGAGAUGGGUCUGACGCCGCGCCAGUUCAACUCGUACGGCUCUCGGCGCGGUAACGAGGCGGUCAUGGUGCGCGGCACGUUCGCCCACAUCCGACUGGCCAACGGGCUGCUGGCGGCGCCGGGGCCGCGCACCGUCCACCUGCCGUCCGGCGCCGUCCUGGACGUGUUCGACGCCGCCCAGCGCUACCGGCGCGACGGCACGCCGCUCAUAGUGCUGGCCGGAGCCGAGUACGGCUGCGGCAGCUCCCGCGACUGGGCCGCCAAAGGACCCGCACUGCUGGUGAGUCGGGAGGGGACGGCUGUGGGAGACCCGCCGGGACUGGGCCGCCAAGAGACCCACUGCUGUUCAGUCUGGAUGGAGGGAGGGAAGGAACGGGUGCCCCAGAGGCUGUUCAGCCUGGCCCGGGGAAGGGAACCGUCCUGA